AUGUGUUGGGGAAACUUAUCUUCGUACAAGCAAGAUAGUAUCUGGUCGUGGUUUAUUUGUUUCUGUACGACGAUAUGCAUGAUCUUUUCAGUUGGAUUCACGUUCGCUCUUGGCGUUCUCUUUCCAGUUUUGAUGAAUUAUUUUGACGAAAACCGCGAGAAAACGGGUGAGUGUGUUUUGUAUCGCAUCGGUUUAGCAUGGAAUUUUGAUGUUACCGAAGAUAUCCUGCCUUAAAAGUUUAUUUCAGUCGAUAGCGCUUGUUUUACUCGUAUAGAAGGAAAUAAUGAUGCAAUACAUAGUUACACCUGUAAUUAACGACGUAAUUUCUUUCAGUCGGUAGCGUGUAUAUGUAAGAUUUUACGCUAGUAACUAACAGCGUAAUUUCUUCCAGUCGGUAUAUUAUACUGUUACUCACAUAUUACGCCGUUAUCAAACAACCGGAAUUAUAUAUAACGAGUUGUUGAUUUCUGUUCAGCUGAGGCAGGAUGUGUAAAGACGAGAAUUGACUACUAAGGGGAAAUUAUACUGCGUUUUGUGGCUCAAAUAUUAAAAAGCGUUAAAGAGCGAUCUAGUCUCACGGGAGAAGGCCCUGAAUACCUUAUUCACGAUCUCUCUUAUUGUGACGCAAAACGUGAGUCAGCUUUAGAGAGAUGUCCCUUUAGAGGUUUAAUAUCAUCGUUCUGAAGUCCAUUGUAUGAAAAACAGAACAACGAAAACUCGACUGAAAUCAUGCAGUAAAAACAAUUCUAAAUGUUUUGAACUGUGCUUUCCCUUUGUUUACUAUGUCACGAAAAACUGUCAUAACCGUCACGCAACGAUUCUCACCUCUCGUCACUAUUCCUAACACAUUGACACAGACUGCCAGCCAUUGUUAGUUUGACUAAUAACUCAUAGGCUGAGUUAAUGCAGAUGGCAGGCCUUACGCAAGACCUAGACCAGAAAUUCAGAACCAGCCAACGGAAUAGGCUAACAUUCUGUAGCUAGGUGCAAAACAUUUCUAGUGACCUCCAUGUGAGGUGCACGAGAUUAACACUAUCCUUUUCAUACCCAAACCUUUGCACUUACUCUUGUUCUACUACAGAAACAUUGAAUAUCUUGGAAAUGGUUUCUUUUCAUCCCAAUAUUUAGGAAUCAAGUUUUCGAUGUGAAAGUGUCUUUAAACAACCGCUUUAAUGCGUAAAUCCCAUAUGUUCUAGAGUAAUUAAUUCUUUGGACUUAAAUUUGGAAAAUCAAAACUCCAUUACGACAAGUAAUAAUUUAACGGCCAGUAUAACUUCUGUCUUUUCCGCAGCAUGGGUUUCGUCUAUAAUAAUAGGCGUAUUUUGCUUUCUUGGUCCUGUUUCGAGUGCAAUCCUAAACAGAUUUGAUGUUCGUGUCACAACCAUUUUGGGUUGUUUGUCGUGUGCCGUUGGCCUUGCAUUGGGUUCAUUUGCUCCAAACAUCAUCACCCUCUACGUUGCCUUCAGUUUGCCAUUUUCUAUUGGGGUAUCGGCUAUUUACGUGGUUUCGCCAAUUAUUGUGUUUCAAUACUUCACCAAGAAACGGUCCUUUGCUCUUGGAAUUGUGACCGCUGGGCAAGGAAUUGGAACGAUGAUUCUUGGACCAGCUCUUCAAGCGUUAGUUGAUUUGUUUGGUUGGAAGAACUCUUUCCGUUUUUUCGCUGGUAUUUUAGGUAUUGCAUCAGUUACUGGAGUCAUCCUUCAUAGAAAAAGUACAUCUGUAAGGACUGAUGAAAAACAGGAAGCUCGUAGAAAGAAACGUCCGCAAAACCUUUCGUUACUAAGGGAUCCUAUCAUCUGCAUGAUAGUGCUGAGAAAUGGACUUGCCACAUUUGCUCGUCUGGUGCCAUACGUACACAUAGUAAGUGUCUAAUCUCUAGGCCCACAUUACAGUUUGUGAUUUAGUGUACCAAGCCAAUCCUGCAAUCGGCAAACUCUGAAUCCCCACGGUAUCGACGAACGCUUUUCAUCCAACUUAUUUAUUCUUGUGUUUUUCUCGUUACCAUGCUCCUAACAAAAGCGUAGCUCCAUCUCUGUAUAUAAAUCACAUAAAAACCUUAAUUCUUUUAUUCGCACUGACGAUGGGCUAACACUCAGAAAGCUUAUAAACUCCCUAUGGUGGCUACUUCCCGAUGUCAACUCAGUUUAUAAAAAAAGUAAAAAAGGCUAAGAGACCAGCAUCUUAAGAGUCACACUAGUAUGAUCAAGCGACUCACUUUGGUGGCGUACGCUCAAACCUCACAAUGUCCAAUUCUUUUUUCAGAUAAAGUAUUGUGAUGAUCUCGGUAUUCCAGCUAACAAAAGCUCCUUUCUAUAUCUAUUUAUGGGUAUUUUCGCCACCAUCGGACGUCUUGGGGCAGGAUUUUUGUGCAGUUUGAGAUUCAUAAAAGCCCGAUGUCUCCAACAAGUUGGGACAUUUAUUGUCGCGGUGUCUACAAUGCUACUUACCUUGACAACUACUUAUGCUGGACUGAUUGCUUUCGUCAUUAUAUUCAGUGUUGCAGAUGGUAUUUUGAUAACAGCUCUCAUAAUCGAAUGUAUGGAAUCCGUUGAAGAUUCGUUAAGGGCAUCCGCGUUUGGGCUUGUAUUAAUGGUUGCGGGUGGAUUUGCUUUAGGUAGCCCACCCUUAUCAGGUAUGGAAUGAUACUUAUUGUCCGUAGAUUAGGCGCUUUCGUGUGAAAACCUCUCCCCACUCCCCUCCCCCUUCUCCCCCCUCCCCUUUCCCCUGUCUCUUCCCUCUCUUCCCUCUCUUCCCUCUCUUCCCUCUCUUCCCUCUCUUCCCUCUCUUCCCUCUCUUCCCUCUCUUCCCUCUCCCCCUUCCCCUCUCUCCCCUCUCUUCCCUCUCUUCCCUCUCUUCCCUCUCUUCUCUCUCUUACCUCUCUUCCCUCUUUCCCCUCUCUCCCCUCUUUCCCCUCUCUCCCCUCUCUUCCCUCUUUUCCCUCUCUUCCCUCUCUUCCCCCUCUUCCCCCUCUUCCCUCUCUUCCCUCCCUUCCCUCUCUCCCCUCUCUCCCCUCUCCCCCCCUCUUCCCCUCUCUUCCCUCUCUUCCCUCUCUUCCCCCUCUUCCCCCUCUUCCCCCUCUUUCCUCUCUUCCUCUCUUCCCUCUCUUCCCCUCUUCCCCCUCUUCCCUCUCUUUCCUCUCUUCCUCUCUUCCCUCUCUUCCCUCUCUCCCCCCUCUUCCCCCUCUUCCCCCCUCUUCCUUCUUCCCCUCUCUUCCCCCUUCCCCUCUUCCCCCUCUUCCCCUCUUCCCCCUCUUCCUCUCUUCCUCUCUCCCCCCUCUCCCCUCUCCCCCCCUUCCCCCCCUCUUCCCCCCUCUUCCCCCUCUUCCCCCCUCCCCCUCUUCCCCUCUUCCCCUCUCUCCCCCCUCUUCCCUCUCGUUUUAAAACGAAUCAGAUCAGUACAUCCUCUCUUCAGAUAUGCACUGAACCGUCGCCUAUUGUUACUGUCUAAAUUUGUUUUAUCAAUAUUCCAGGGUUUAUGGCAGAUGAGUUUGGUAACUACUUUGCUGCGUUUCUUAUGGCUGGUGGAGUGGCGAUUGUUGCCAGUCUCAUCCCAUUUCUUCUCAUUUGUGUGAAACAAGAACAAAAGAAAAACUUUGAUGAUGACGUUGAAGAGACAGUGCACCCAGGCCAAUUAGAGGGUGUGGAUGACACCGGAUUGGAGUCCAAAGGUGGUUCUCAGGACUCAAUAUCUACGAUUGGUAGAGAUCGUCUGAUAAGGUCUUCCUCAUUCGCUAUAGCCUUGGAUAGUCCGAUCUUUUGAUGAAGAAUAUUUUGCUUCAAGUUUUUUCAUAAAAAGUCUGUUAUAAAUUUGUUUUAUGUUUUCAAAUUACAUUUAGUAUAAAGAGUUAAGUAAUGGUAGUACUGAAACGAAAACAAAACUAAACUGUUUGCAAAGUCUAGGAUUCACUCGUGUUGCAACGCUCACACGACUGCCACACAACGAAAAUGACUUAGAUGGCAUGAUGAUUACAAAGUACUGAACUAGAGAUAAGUUGAGAUAAGAGAGAUCAAAAGAUUGUCUCUGUUGUAAGGCGAUGUGUGCAGCGCUGACCACUAGCACAAGAGUAAUCCAUACAUACGUAUACCUACAUACAUUUAAUUAAUACUUUUGAUACAAAUUUACAUAUUUCAUACUCUGACAGGUAGCUUUACUACAAACAACGUUUAAUUUCAAUAGAUUAAAAUUCCGGAAAGAAUGCUCUGCUACCGUCGAACCUGUAUUAAGCGGUCACCCAUGGGGAAUGGUGACCGCUUUAUACAGAUUGAACGCUUAAUACAGUUUCACAGAUUUAUUUUAAAAAACAAUUCAAAACGCCACUUUAUGCCAAAAUUGACCACUUAAUCUACAGAAUCUCGCUCAGAAAUACCACUUUCUUUGAUUUUGGGAAAGGAACAUGGAUUCAACAUUACGUGAAAGAUUAUUCUUAGUUAUAUUUGAGUAGUUCCACAGAUGGAAAACAAUAAGAACAGGCCGUUGGGAGGGACCAAAUAAUAAAGGUAACCCCUAGAAAUGAAAAUUAUUGUGGUUAAGGGGAAAAAAAUUCGGGACUUUGACAACUGACCGCUUAUUACAGGGUGACCGCUAAAUACAGAGCCGCGUAAUGCACGUUCGACUGUCUAUUGGUCCUUCCCUCGAAUGACUCACAGGGCCAGCUUUGAAGGUUACAGCUUUGCUGACGUGGUACUUCUACCUUUGUGUCUCUUGAUAUCAACUUCUUCCGCUGAAUGUGUUUGAACUUUUGAAUCGCUGUACUCUAAACUAAACAAAGCAUAUGAAUGAAUUGAAAAAACUUAUGGAAAAAGAAAACGGGGAGAAUAAUAGAACAAAUAUUUCUUUCAGAAACAGUAAUCGAGAGAAAAUGUGAAGCAAUUGUAUUUUAUACUUGAGAAAUAUUUACCGACUCUAAAACUAUGUAUUAUGAGUUAAAUAAAAGUUUUCUAAAAUAUGUAAAUGUGUGAUUAUUUGGGUAACCGGACUAAAGUAUGCUUUGGCUCCACUAAAAAAACUCAACAGAUGACCUUCAGGCCAACUUAAGAGAAAGUAAGUCUUAGCUCGCAAGUUGUAAAAAUCGCAUGUUCCUUAUGCGAUAAGAUGCCAGAUUCUCACCAUCCUUACAAGCUAAGUUUGUAGGCGAUGUUUGACGCCAUUGGUAAAUAAUUAGACAGGUGUGACGGGCCCUAUCCGAUGAUUGCACAAUUAAAUAACAUUCAGUCACCCAGAACACAAAUUUAAAAAUUGUUUUGUUUAUAUAGCCGUUAUGCCCUUGAUUCAAUUGCAUCUUCAGGCUGGUGUGUAACAAAAAUGUCGUAAAAUUUCCAAAAAGCAGCUUAUUAAGUGCAUCGGGCAACAGCAGUGCCGGCAGAUUUCAUGUUUGCAUUUUUCAUUGUAAAAUUGAAAAAGAUGAUAUAACCGAGAUAAUAAGGUAUUUCAUCCCCUCUGGUUCAGUAAGAGGUUUGCGUUUUGGAAGUGAAUACAUCGUUAUUUCAGUUCUUGUCGUGCAAGAUGAGGCAAUAUCUAAUCUUCUCCCUGCGCUGAGCAUUCGCGCGUUUCUUUCUUUUGUAAAAAAAAAUAUCUAAACGCAGAUAGAAGAUUGAACACGAGUCAGGAAAUGCCGGGUGAAAAAAUUACUACUAGGACUUACGCAAUUUCUCAAAACAGAGCCCAACUCAAGCCGGGAUAUCGCGCAGAGUUCUUAUUGUUCUCGCAACAUUUAUUUACAAUGGCGAAAAAAUUAGAGACCUGUAAUAUCAGCAGCGAAACGUUAUCUGGAGAACUUUGAUUGGUCAAAGGGAAUAUUGCUUGAGCUCAUCAACUGUUCAAGCGAGCUAAGAAACGAUAGCCUAGAGAGUUAUUGUUUACGCUAUUGUUAGAAAAAAAUCACACAUUAUAUAUAUAUGCGUGUGUUAUAGGCUGGAUGAGCGUUCGAUUUUGAAACCGGCCUGAUUACACAUUCAUCUCUUUCUACGUCUUGCUCAACAAACACUUUGGUUCUAUCAUUACCCGUUGUUUCUUCCAUUCUCACUUGCUUCUACUUGCAUUGUUUGCGUACACCUGCCCUUGGGACUGAAUAUAGUUGUAGAAGGUCAACUGAAUCGAGCGCAAAGAGGGUGAAAAAAUUGCAACCAGGAAUUACGCAAGUUUUUGAAACAGAGCUCACCGCAAGCUUUCUUCCAUUCGCACUUGCUUCUAUUUGCAUUGUUUGCGUAACCUGCCCUUGAGACUGAAUAUCAUUGAAGAAAGUCAGCUGAAUCGAACUCAAAGAGAAACGAAAAAAAUUAAUUUAGUUUGUCCUUUUGGUUUAUUUCUAAACUGCAUAAUUACUUAAACAUCUGAGCCAGAGACUGCGUGACAACGAUGCAUGAAGGGCAUCUCGGCUCCAUUUCCAAGUAAAUUUGAAGGUGACAUAACAACCGGACUCUAAAAAUAAAAUAAUAAUUGAUUAAAAUCGAAAGUAAAAAAAAAGGGAAAUAAAGACCGAAAGCACAACAACGAAGUAUCACAAACAACCACAUUUUCUUUAAAAUGCACUAGCCAUUGCGUUACACUGUUUGAUAUGCAGUUAUCCGCUGACCAGAUAUCUGAUGAAAUACACUUAUCCCGAAACAUAUCGAAACUGUUAUCAUGGAACUGUGCUGGGAAAAGUUAUCUUCGUACAAGCAGGAUAGUAUCUGGUCGUGGUUUAUUUGUUUCUUUACGGCGAUAUGCAUGAUCCUUUCAGUUGGAUUCAGCUUUGCUCUUGGCGUUCUCUUUCCAGUUUUCAUGAAUUACUUCGACGAAAACCGUGAGAAAACGGGUGAGUUUGUUAUCAUCUAUUGAACCAGUCAUUAAUUUUACAACCCAACUGGUAUUGUAUCAGCUGGGAAUUUUGAUGUGCCUCAGGAUAUCUUGGUAUAUACGUUUAGUUAUGAUUAUUAUCUCAGUCGAUAGCGCUUGUGUCACGAAUUAGAAAGCAGUGAUGCAAUACAUUCGAAAUUGUCAAUCGUGAGUUGUUGAUUCAUGUUCAGAUAGAGGCAGGAUGCCAGUACCAAUGACGAGAAUUAACUACUAUGCGUAUAGGGAUUUUACACAGUGCCUUGCUGCUCAAGAAACAAAUUAAGGGCGUCAAAGAUCAAUCUGAAGCUGUAGGAAUAAUCAUAAUAAGGAAUAAUAGCAAAAUAAUCCAUGCGUCGUGACGAUGCAUCGAUUAUUAUGCAAAGCAUGCAAAAGUCAAAUUUAAAACCGGAAAUGUCCGCUCACUGGUAUUAAAAUAUUCAGUAUUCUCGUACUAAAGUCCAUUUGAUUUAACACUAAACUCGUCGAUGAUAAAUCAUAACAAUUCUAAGUGUUUUGAAUUGAGCUUGUCUCAGUUGUACUAUUUUCAGUUCAUAGGCUUCAAGUCGUUUGAUAUUCGUCACGCAACGAUUCUCUUCCGGCGUCACGGUCUUUAUCACGAUAACACAGAGUAGUCGGGCUUCCCUUUCCUUCUCUAGGAUGAUUUGGCUUUACAUACUGGAUUGACUAUGUAUUGGCCACCGUAAAGAGUUUUUAGAGCUGACUAUGCUUUUCCAAAAGGGAAAAAUUUUUAGGAUUUAUGUAUCUAGAUUAAGUUUAAUAUAUCAAUGCCAAGAUUUAUAUUUUUAUCUCAAUUGGCAGUAAUGUCGCAAUCUGAUUGGCAAAUUUGCCGUUGUCGAUAAGAGUACAGACAACGCUACUCGUGUCAAAGUGUUGUGUGAUGGUGACGCACUGAAAGGAUCGUUUUAUUUGGCGUCGACAUUGUGUAACAAAUAUAUAUAUAUAUACGAAUGCAAAUUUUAGCAUGUAGAAACUAAUCUUGAUGGUAAUAUCUUGACGUAGAUAUAUAAAUCUUGACAUUGAUAUAUUUACGGUGGCCCACAACUGUCACGGCAAAAUAAAUAACCUCGCGACAAAAAAAAUAACCUCGCGGCAAAAGAAACAGACUCACGGCAAAAAGGAAAAGACUCAUGGCAAAAGAAAAAACCUCUCAGCAAAAGAAAAAAACCUCACGGCAAAAGAAAAAACCUCACAGCAGAAAGAAAAGACUCACGGCAAAAGAAAAAAUCUCACUGCAAAAGAAAUAACCUCACCGCAAAAGAAAUAACAAUGUCCUCACGGCCUAAAAGAGAGCGUGGGGCUUUAGGUUAUUUAUUUUGCCGCGACAGUUGUGGGCCACCUUAUAUAUUAAAUUUGAUCUAGAUAUAUAAACUUUGAUCUUGGACAAGCAUAGGCUGGCGUUUCGAACGUUAACCCUUCGUCACUCGCUCUGACGAAUGACUGACCCUCGAAAAGUCAGCUUUAGAAACUGUUUACGCUGGCCAAUUUGCAAUGUCAACUCAGCUGAAAAAACCAACUCAUCUUCUAGUACCCCCACUCACAAAGCACCACAUUUUGUUUAACAACUUCCCCCGUGCUCUUUUUUUUUUUUUUUUUUCUGUGCCAGGCCUUACACGAGGGCGUGUCAUGGUUCUAGAGCCUACGAGUGGAAUAGGCCAUUUUUGACUUUUCAAAGAGGCCGAGUGCAAAACCCUUCACUUGGAAAAACAGUCUAAUUCCCGUAAAGUUGAAAAGUCACUUUCACAUCAAAGCUUUCGCACUUACCACCGUUUUUUAAACGGAGGCGUUGGAUAUCUUGGAAAUGGCUUGUUUGCAUCCACAUUUUUGGGAAUCAAGUUUUCACUGAAUUUGAACGUGUCUUAACCCUCAAUGUGAAAAUUGUAUCCCAUUAUGUCCAGUAAUAACUUGACGACUAAUUUAACUUUAUUUCUUUCUGCAGCAUGGGUUUCAUCUAUAAUAAUAGGCGCCAUUUGUUUCCUUGGUCCUGUUUCGAGUACAAUCCUGAACAGAUUUGGUAUUCGUGUCACAACCAUUUUGGGUUGCUUGUCGUGUGCCGUAGGCCUUGCACUGGGUUCAUUUGCUCCAAACAUCACCAUUCUCUACAUUACCUUUAGUUUGCCUUUUGGUGCAGGGGUAUCGGCUAUCUACGUUGUUUCGCCAAUCAUUGUGUAUCAGUACUUCCUUAAAAAACGGUCGUUUGCUCUUGGAAUUGUCUCCGCUGGGCAAGGAAUGGGGACAAUGAUUCUUGGACCUACUCUACAAGCCUUAGGUGAUAUUUUUGGUUGGAAGAACUCUUUCCGUUUGUUUGCUGGGAUUUUAGCUGUUGCGUCACUUACUGGAGUCAUUCUUCAUCGCAAAAGUACAUCUUCAGUGUUGGGAGAAGAAGACGAGGCUCGUGGAAAGAAAUUUGGAUUUAACCUUUGGUUGUUAAGGGAUCCUGUUAUCAUCACAAUUGUGCUAAGAAAUGGACUUACCGUAUACACUCGUCUGGUGCCAUACGUACACAUAGUAAGUAUCAGGUGAAAAUUUUCUCAAUUGAAAUUUGGUGUGCCAGGCCAAUCCUGCGGAAUAUGAAAUAUUUUGUUUGUAUUUUAUCAGCUUUUCUUCAUCUUUAUCUGUAAGACAGUGCGAAACCUUGGGAAAAUUGCCAGAGCUGUCGUUAGAGUGAAGGAUAUUCAAGGUUGCAUCGAGUCAGCCUUUGUUCUUGAGCAUCUCGUACUCUAUAGGGUUUUAACAUGCCAUAACGAACGCCAUAUUGGUUAAGGAAGGAAAUGGUGGCUAUUUUGGUGUAUUAAGCGUUGUCUAUUCAUUCUACUCGUUCAGUGCACGAGGCCAUUAAAUUGAUACUUCCAACUGUUUACCGUUGUGCGGCCACAAGGGGUUUCCCGCCCUGAAAAAGCAAGAGCACUUUUUCGUCCGCCAUAAUGUGUUGUAUUUUAUUGAAAACUUUCUUAGCAGUAGUUCCAUUGCAAACUCUCCGCUUCUUAAGAAGAUCUCUGCCCAAGUGAAUUUCUGCGGAAUCCUUCCUCAAAAGAUACUCUGACGUCAUACUAAGUUUGAAGAAUACAGUUAACUAAGUAAAACAUAGUAAGAAAAAAAAAACAGCCGCACCACUAAGCAACACUUUUGCAGAGUACAUUCAAACCUAACAAAUGUAAAUUCUUUUUUUCAGAUAAAGUAUUGUGAUGAUCUCGGUAUUCCAGCUGACAAAAGCUCCCUUCUGUAUCUAUUUAUGGGCAUUUUCGCCACCAUCGGACGUCUUGGGGGAGGAUUUUUGUGCAAUCUGAGAUUCAUAAAGGCCCGAUUUCUCCAUCAAGCCGUGUCAUUUGUGAUCGGGGUGUCUACAAUGCUACUGCCCUUGGCAACUACGUAUGCUGGACUGGUUGCUUUCGUCAUUAUAUUCAGUGUCGCAGAUGGAAUUAUGAUAACAACCAUCACAAUCGAAUGUAUGGAAUCCGUUGACGAAUCGAAAAGGGUCUCAACGUUUGGGUUUUUAUUAAUGGCUGCGGGUGUAUUUGCUUUGGGUAGUCCACCCCUAUCAGGUAUACAAGGAUAUCUUAAGGCAGAUUAGAGACAGCUUAAAGUGCUUCGAUGUGAUAACUUUGGCUUAUUCAUUUGGAGAAUUUAGGACCGUUACAGUUUUACUUGAGUUAUACUUUAUUGAAAGAGCUUUCCAUCAAUUUUUCCAUCCCUUAAUUUUUUCAUAAUUGCGUUUAUUCAUUCACUAGUGAUACAAAAAACAGUUAGAUCACAUCAUCUCGAACCUACGAAAUGAUAUCUGUAAUUUCUUGUCUGCUUUUUUACGUCGACUUUUGUCGUGGUAUCACUGUAAUAUCAACGAAAUUCCUCCUCGAAAUAAGCUUCUCUCCCCCUCUCACCCCCCCUCUUCCCCCUCCUGUCCCCACUGCCACUCCGAUUCCCGAUUCUCGAAGCCCCGAAGGUGGUUUUCCUGAAUACAUGUGGUGCGGCUCCUGUUAGAUGUAGUUUUCGGAAAUUCAAACAGAUUAGCCUAUCUAUGUUCAGUUAUGCACGUACUGUCGCCAAAUUUAAGUGUCUUUGUUUUAUUAUCAAUAUUCCAGGGUUUAUGGCAGAUAAGUUUGGUAACUACUUUGCUGCGUUUCUUAUGGCUGGUGGAGUGGCGAUUGUUGCCAGUCUCAUCCCAUUUCUUCUCAUUUGUGUUAAACAAGAACAAAAGAAAAACUUUGUUGAUGACGUUGAAGAGACAGUGCACCCAGGCCAAUUAGAGGGUGUGGACGACACCGAACUGAAGUCUAAGAGUUGGUCUCAGGAUUCAAUAUCUACGAUUGGUAGAGAUCGUCUAAGGUCUUCCUCCUUUGCUACAGCCAUGAAUAGUCCGAUGUUUUAGGGAGGAAUCUUAUUUGCACUCUUUUGUUGUGUUCAUGUGUUUCACAAAGUGAAUUAGAAUUUACACAUCGUGCACUGAUUCGUAUGAAGAGUGGAAUACCUAACAGCACCGCUCGAACGGAAAUCGAUAUUUAUUACAUGAGGCUGAAAACGUUAAAAGGGGCGAAAGGCCCAACAAACGGCGUUUUUUACAUCUCUCCCAUUGAUAUACGCGAUUUUAAUAGGUGCCAUUUAAAUGAUCAAAGGUAAAGAGCUGGCGAUUAGGUCAGAUUAGAGUUGACAAAAGAUGAACUCUGCGGUUUUGUGUGCCGCGCCGACCACAAGCUAAAGAGUAAUCCAUCGGUAAACAAACGUUUAAUUUGAAUAGGUUCGAAUCCCGUAAAGAAUGCUCCACUUUAAGUUUAACAUCACGUAGUACUCUGUCCCUCUAAUGACUGACAAAGCUAUAACUGCUUUGUUCACGAGCAAAGAGAUUAAUCCGUCCUCUUUUUAAGUCUCUUUGAGAUCAGCCUUUUCCGCUGAAAGUGGUUUUGAAUUGCUCUUCUCCAAAGUAAACAAACUCAUAAAUGGUUGGAAGAUUUGUUUUAUGGGCAAAAAAAUACUUUAAGCAGACUAACAUGCCGAACAAUAAUUUCUUUGAGAAGUAGCAAUCGAGAGAAAUUGUGAAGAAAGUUUGAUUUAUACUUGGGAAUUAUUUGUGGACUCUCAAAUUACUUAUUUUGAGUUAAAUGAAAGGUCUCUUAAAUAUGUAAUAACGCCUGAUUAUUUUUGAUAAUCCGACUUAAGUAUGCUUUAGCCCCACUCAGAAGAGUCCUUCUGCUCAACCGAAAGGACAUUAUGUUUUAGUUUAUAAGUUAUACGAUGGCACGUUCUGCAAUUGGGAAUCUUUAUUUAAAACAAGGCUAGAUUGUCGCCAUUGUUUCAUACUUGCAAGACCUCAGUUGCGAUGUUUGCCAGGCGUGUUAGGCAAAUAAUUUUGGUGGGCCGUUUCCGAUUGGAAUAAAAGGGGCCAGACAAAAC